AAAGGAAGCAAUAGUGACGAUGCAUUAAGGAAUUCGAAAAAUAUUUGUCUUGUUAUCAAUGUGCAGUUCAAUAGCAUUCUUCCAUUUUUUUUCUUAAUCUUUAUAUUUUUCUGUUUUUCUUUUUCGGAGUCUUACCAUGUAUUUAUAUUUCUUAAAUUAUCACAAUCAAAAUAAUAUCAUUACUGUUAAGUCAUAAGUUAUUAAUGUUAACAAAUUCUCUAUUUGACCUAGAAUUGUAAAAUUCUAAAACUAUAAAAUAGUUUUAUAAUGUUUAGAGAUGUCUUGAGAUUUUUCGAAAAUCGACUUGCUACGAAAUAUACAAAACAUUCCAUCAGCAGACUUAUGAUGACCUUCGAUCAUUUUAAUUUUUACGAGCAUCAUCUUGGCAAGUCUAUAACUUCUUUUUAUGUAACGAUUGCUUCUAUGUGUGGCAAUCAUUGCACUACCGUCUUAUUUAUUCCUUGUGCAACGAUUUAUUUUUAAACAUAAGCAUCUGCCACGAACACAUAGGGUGCUAGCACGAGAGGAGUCGAUGAUACUAAAUUCCCGAAAAGCUUCCGCGUUUUUAUUCGUUUUCGGUAUAUCUAAUCUAUUCUACGAAUCAUCAAAACGUCGUUUCACAGUUCAUUCGUUAGUAAUCCAGCAUUUUUCCUACCAAGUAAGCUGAUUCACCCCUUAAUCAUCGUAAUGUGUCUCAAAAAUCAAAACAUUCAUCAAAGGAGAAGAACUUUGUACUUACUUACUCUAUUUUCAGAGUCAGAAAUAUACUGGUUGAGAGAAUAACUAAUGCACUCGCGAUUAUUAAGAGAAGCUUAUUAUCGAACAGAUCGCCUCGUCAUCGCACUACCAAUCUGUUAUUUUCUACAAACGACGGAUCCAACAUCAAGGUUCUAUGGACCAAGGUCAAAUAGCGACAUCUCCGUGAUUAAAGAGCAAAACUCAUCGAAGCUUAUAUCCUUCGUUAUUUAUAUCUUUUUUCUUUCUUUUAUAAUCUGUUCGUUCACCGAAACGAGUUUCUCUAAUAAUAACGUUCAUAAAUGGUCCCAUUUUGAAAUACAGUAGAAUCUCGCGUAUUCAACCAGACCGAGGGACAAAACAGAUUCGAACAGACUGGCAUGGCAAUGAGUAGUUUCGAUAACAGAAGUUUGCUAGCUUCCAAUUUUUGCUUUUUUAUUAAUUCGGAUAAUAGCAGCUGACGUUUGUAAAAAUAAAGUCGAACGGUUGUUUCCGCGUUACGUUUAAUUGGUCCUUGUUUAACGCACAGAAUUUAUUUUCAGUACAAACUGAUGAUCACAUAUGAAGGCUACGAGAGAAUAACUGCUCACAGCAGUUUUAAAAUUUAGUAUUGUUAUAAAAAUUCUACUGUUACAGAGUUAAACGUACAUUUUUCUAUUCUCUUAAUAUUCCUAAAAUAUCAUUGCUCCCAUCAGAAUGUUCAAACGUUGUUUAUCUCAACAGUUAUAUUUCUGUCUAAGAUUCUACACGAUUUCGUCAACUAUAUGUUUCAAUAUAUUUUCAAUUUUAUCUAUUUCGUAUUGAACUAUUCCUUUCUAAUCACAAAGUAAAACAAAAAUCAACAAAAAUGUACUCAUGUUUUCUUCCCGUGAUUGAAUUGAUCUCAAAUAUCAAUAUACAUAUAUAAUCAUUACAGUGGAUGUUUCAUUACAGUGUUGAUGAAAUUUGAAAAUGUAUUGUACAACGCUUACGACAGAGGAUAUAAAAGUUUUCUGAAAUUGAACAUUAAUUUGUAUAAACACAGCGCAAGUAUAGUCGAGGUUCCACUGUACUCGAGUAUUCGGGUCGAAUGGAAUUGUUGAUCCAUAUCGAUCGCGAUCACAGCUAGUGGGUCAAAACUAGGGAACCUGUUAUGCGAUUGAGUUCCAUAGGAUGCACGCAUCGGUGAUCUUGUCGCCCGUGAGUUCACUGAAACGAGAAACGUUCGCGCGAGGUUCAAAGUCACGGUUAGGAUCGAUCGAAUCUCAAUUAUUUCCCAAGUGAAUUAUACUUCUACAGGUCGUGUGUCGGCAUGAUUGGACGAGCGAAACGGUGAAUCAAGCGCCGGUCACUUUCUUCCGAGAAGAAUCGGUCAAUGAAAAGGAAACGGAAUGCCUUAUGGGUUGCGGUUAAUUAGAUAUGUAGCUGGAGUCAUGGUUUAUGGGAAGGUUCACGCAAAGUCUAUGAUCAGUGGUAGUUAGCGUGACUCGUGGUCAAAGGACAAUUAGCAUGACUUGGUGAUAAAUAGACUUAAUAGACUGCGGAUUUUUAUGCGUUCAUGGAGGAUUUAAAAGUGCGAAAGUGCACAGUAUACGCGUAACAUGCAGCGAUAUAUAACAUUUCCAAAGUAGAAGACUCGUUAUGGUAUUACUUAAUUACUUUCUAAUAAAAAUAUGAAUUUAUAUAAAAAUCCGUCGUUUAGCUGCAAAGCCCAAGGAGUUCUGUUUCCUUGUGUGAAAAUUGUGUUAUUUUAACUCGCCAUUUUAGAAUGGAACGAGGGUACAGAAUAGUAAUCUUAUAAUAAUAUGCAAUUCUAUUGUGUGGUAAUUUAAUCAUUUCAGCAUCACAUGCAUAAUAACGUUUUGAAUUUUCAGAAUUCAUCUUCAUUACUAUUUUCCUUGUGGAGGGUUUUUUGCUAAAUUGGACAUUAAAAUUGUUUUAAUUAUCGGAGAAUACACAGGAUAUUAUAACACUUUGGCCAGUGAUUUGGUUUUCCUUGAAAACUCGACAAGGUUGCCUAUCCUAAUUCUUACUGAAAUUUUGUCCAGCUUUUGUAUUUCAUUUUGAGGAAAUUAACUAAAUAAUAUGCAAAUAAUUGAUAAAAGCAAGAAGGUAAGAUGUAACCAUAAUACUAGAUAUGAAAACGAUUAUAAGAAUUUUCCCUUAAAAGAUUGAAUGACAUCUUGCUGAUGAAAUUUCUGAUUAUAGUGACCUCGUUUUUAAUAGUAAACACUCUGACGUAUAGCCUUCUCGGAAAUGCAUCUGGAACAAUUUUGGUGUAUAAAAAGUGCAUUCGGAGCGCUCAACAAAUAGCUACUACACAGGCGCGUAUAACCUGUUUAGGGUUCGAAUCGCGUGUUUUCAGAGAAGACGGAUCGGUCAAAGUGGCGUCUGGUCUCUCAAGGUCUAGAAACGCUGAAAAAUCCGCUCUUUAUUCGGAGCCGGUCGAACAAUUUGGACAUCCAAGAGGCAGGAGAUGCCUAUGGGAAAAGACGCCAAAGACACCAGUCACCAAAAAUUCUAUCUCGGUGACGAUCAAAAUUCAUCCACAGGAUAAACUUGUUUUCUCAUAACGAAAACCCAUGACGACGAGGUAAAUUCCAUGCCUAUAAAGAUUACCAUCGCUCCUUUCCAUUCAGUGUCAAUGAUUCAAACCUGGAUCACGCUUCCGCGUCUUACGAAUCUCGUAAUAAACUCGACGCGAGCUGGUUCCAGGAACGGCGUGAUUUUUAUGAAUGAACGUAAGCGGAGUAAGCGUGGUUGCGAGAGCGUGUGUGUCACGCGUGAAUGGGCCACUCCUUCCAACGCCCUCGUAACACAAUCGUAUAGUAUAGACACUUCUGCUCAAAAGUAUUCGAACACAACUAUCUGCGUACUGUAUAUAAUUUUUGCCUUUAAACGUACACGCGAUAUUAUUUAUGUAAAUAUCGUAGUUAUGUAAAUAUCAAAGUUAAAGACGCGAGGAAAUGUUUAACGUAAAAUAAUAAGACGUUCGAUUCGACGAGGGAAAUUAAAUAAAUGUUUUAGAAAAACACGUACAUUCUUUUAUAGAAAAUACAAAAGGUCGGUCGGUUUUCAACUUUGAAAAAUGUUUAAAUCAAAGUUGAAAUAUUUACAUAUGGAAAUAUCGAACUUCUUCACGACAAAUCCUCUCUUAGUUUCAAUGAUUGGCGGUAGCGCGUUAAGUAUGCGAAAGAUCACGUGGAAGAUAAACUAACGAGCAAGAAUUGUACUUAUUGACUUUUGAA